AUGGCAAUGCCAAACGACGUGUGGGACGAAGUCUCCCAGGAUAUUCCGUCUGUCUCGGAUCCGUUUAUUCAGAAGUACAUGGCUGGCCGCGAAAGUCUCAUCAGUCAAGAAAAGUCGGCGCGCUCAGACACUUCCUUUAGAAAGUCUCUUUCGCCAAUCGCCAGGAGAGCCUGCACCAUCGUCGACCGAAUCCGCAGUCAUGAGCAGAAGACCAUCUGGACGUCAGACGUCGAAGAGCGCAUGGCUCAGAGUAGCCACGAAUGCAUCUUUCCUGGCAUGAUGUUCACGUUUGCCAAGGACCGUAUGGAGGGUACCAACCUGUGGAGGAUUGUCAGAAGGAUGCCCAAAGGUUGCCUCUUGCACUCCCACAUGGAUGCCAUGGUGGACUUUGACUAUCUCCUCGACGUGCUGCUCAGUACCCCUGGACUUCACAUGUCGAGCGACCGGCCGCUCAAGGGCAAGGAUGCUCUGGAGAAUGCUGCCAUGAACUUCCGGUACAAGUCCAAGGAGAGGACUGACGGCUCCCUGUGGGAAGAAUCCUACACGCCCGAAACCUUCAUCUUGCUCACCAAAGAAGCUGAUAAAUUUCCCGACGGCGGGCGCCAAGGAUUUCUCCAUUGGUUGAAAAGCCGCUGCACCUUGUCAACGGCUGACAGCCACGAGCACCAUCACGGUGUCGACGCCAUAUGGCGAAAGUUUGUCAAGUGCUUCGUUGUAGUUGCCACCAUCAUCCACUACGAGCCCAUUUUCCGUGCCUUCCUGCAGCGUUUGAUGAGCCAGCUGAAAUCGGACGGGGUGAACUGGGUUGAGCUCAGAUUUACCUGGCCUCUAGAUUAUUGCCGCGACCGCCAGGAAGAGCCGGAGCAGGAUUACGGCCACAUGUUCAAGGUCAUUGAAGAAGAGCUCGCCAGAUUCAAAGCCUCCACAGAAGGUCAAGGGUUCUGGGGUCUGACAACUAUAUGGACGACGCUGCGGAGUGUCGAUACAAGACCGCUGAUCGAAAACAUGGACCACUGCAUCACGACCAAAAUGGAGUUUCCGCACCUCAUUGCCGGAUAUGACUUGGUUGGCCCAGAGGAUCUUGGAAAGCCGCUGGUGGAUGUGCUGCCAGAGCUUUUUUGGUUCCGGAAACAAUGCGCGCAGGAAGGGGUCAAUAUUCCCUUCUUCUUGCAUGCAGGCGAAACACUAGGUGACGGCAACAGCACCGACUCCAACUUGUUUGAUGCCAUCCUGCUCGGGACAAGACGCAUCGGCCACGCGUAUAGCCUAUACAAACAUCCAUUGCUGAUUGACAUGGUCAAGGAAAAGCGUAUCCUCAUCGAAUCAUGCCCGAUAUCAAACGAAGUGCUCCGUCUUUGCGGCUCGGUGCUAGCUCACCCCCUGCCGGCGCUGCUAGCUCGCGGAGUGGCGUGCUGCCUUUGUAAUGACGACCCAGCCAUGCUCGGCCAGGACACAGCUGGCAUGUCGCACGACUUCUGGCAGGCCCUCCAGGGCUGGGAUAACCUUGGACUCGCUGGCCUGGGAAGUCUGGCCGAGAACAGCGUGAGGUGGGCUGCUUUUGAAGACCAAGAGGCCGCCGCGUGGGCCAAAGAUAUUCGCCAGGCAAGCCUGGGCAGCGGUAUCAAGGCACAGAGGCUGGAGCAGUGGCAAGUUGAGUGGGAGCAGUUUUGUCUGUGGAUCGUGACUGAAUUCGGGGACGAGUUCGACCCUAAAGGAGAGAUUGAGGGAGCCAAUGAUGCUCUUGCCGAGGCAGAGGCAUCAUGA